CCGUCGCGUCGCGUCGCGCCACUCACCCGUUGUCGCGUCUCUUCAUCCACAUCCUCCUGCUCAUGGCCCCGGAACUGAAGCCCAUCGAACCCAAGACACCAAGAUGGGAACCAUCAGCAGACCCAGCGGACAUUGUGGUCCCUGGUUUGGACACAACUGCCGCCCCUUAUGACCAAAUUGAGCAGAUCGAGCAGCUUAUUACGAUCAAGUUGCAGAAUAUAGACGCAAACUUUUCGAAGAUACAGCACGUGAUGGCGAACAGGAUACUACCUGCGGUGAAGCGAUAUGCAGUUGGAACCCAGCCGGUGCGGGAGGCCGCCAAGUUCUGGACUACUUUCUACGAAACCGCUGCCCAGAUUCGUAUACCUAGCUACGAGGACUACAGCGCCGGCCAGGAGCAGACGGAAGAUGAGCAGACAGCAGACAGCAGUCAGGUAGAGACCGAAUCGACGCCUGCAGAGUCAUCUGCAACCACCCACUCGGACGAGUCCGAUGGCGAAACCCCGCACCCGGACAGGACGUAUGACAGGACACCGUCCGAGGUGUCCUUCGCUCCAGGACAGGCCGCGGUGUCUUCCACUCCCGCGGACGCGUACCGUUCGCGGUCACGAAACGCCCCAGACAAUAGCUUCGCGAAUGAGGCCUCGGAACCAAUGCCCUCGUGGAGCGCGUCACUGGAGUCACCCUUGAGGCAGCUCAAUCGUGACAUUCAGAGUUUGGCCGACGAUCGCUCUGUCGCUGUCCCUUCGACUUCAGCGCUCAACCACUCGGAAGCUUUUGACGACUCCCAGGACGUAACACAGCGUGCGACUGGCAGGGACAGCACUCUCGACGACCACACGGCACUCCAUACCGGCGACAAAGGCAAGGCGCGCGAGGGCCCGGGCCCGCAGCCCCUCCUCCAGAAGGUCCUGCACCGUAAUGCGAACUCUUCCAACCUCACGUCUGCCACGGGCACCACGAGUCGUACCACGUCUCCGCUAAAGUUCAAGCCAAAGACCCCGGUUGCCAAAACGCUCAAUCCAUACCUCCCGCCUGACACCAAGCCGUCAGAUUGGAAGGGUGUCGUCGACCUCAAGGAUCCCUCUGUGGCUAGUCCCCAACGGAGCGCGCGCAAGUUCGUACCCCCUCCUUCGUCUUCUAUCAAACUCUCUGCCUACAUGCCGUCGGCCGCUUUUACGGCAAGGGCAGGUGCGAGGUCAGGGACUGGACCUGGGACGAAGACGCCCCCGCCUGGAGAGGACGAUUCAUUCGACGAGAACUUCGGGAUGUCGCCUCCCGUAAUGACGAACUACGCACGCUUGCCCAAGCUUGGAAGGACCCCUAAGCAGGAGGCUGCGGCGCGGAUCAUGAAGGAUCUCGUAGAUGUCGAAAGACGCGGGGUCUUUGGGCCUGCGGGGGCCGUAGCAAAGGGGAAGGGCCCUGCUGGGACGGGGUACGGCACCGAGAGCAGCAUGAGCUCGAUGCCCACGCCCCCGUCUAUGACUCGGUAUGGGCGACCGUCGUACGCCCCGCCUGUUGCUUCAGAGACGAGCGCUAGCGUCGUGGAUGCGAGUCUGGACAGUAUCAUGCGCAGAGUUGGGCUCAACGUGCCGGGGUACGGCUCCCAGAAGGCUGUGCUCGCCCCCGCUCCUGUUGCACAACCUGCGCGUGCGCCCGUAUUCAGCAGCAUCUCUUCCGCCUCCGCUUCCUCUGCGACCGGCUCUUCUGCUUCGUCCGUGUUCACCGCGACGUCUUCGCGCAGCGCUGCAUCCGCCUCGUCUGCCCGCACACUCCAGCCACCAGCCCCGGAUCCGGAACCGUCCAUCCACACGCCCCAGCCUCCCCAGUACGACUUCUACGACGACGAGGUGAUCGGGCGCGGAGGCCCGGGAGAUGGCGACGACUCGCUCGACUCGCUCGACUACGAAGACCAGAACACCGCGAACGCCCCUGCGGACUUCCUCUUCGCCAAUCAGGAGCAAUCUUUCGACUCUGAAGACUCGUUCGACUCCUCCCUGGACGGCGACGACGAGGCCACGGACGGCACCGCCCCACCGUUUAUUGUCACGGCGCAGGACGAUGGAGACGAGUUCGACGACGACUCGUACGACGAUGGGCUCGACGCGCUGGGCGGGGAGGAGGAGACGGUGUUUGGGGUGCCCCCGGCGCAGAGGCUCGCGCAGCAGCAGGCCCAGAUGGCGAUGAGCGGUGGGGGGCUGAGGAUGCUUGGGGAAGACUUGUUGCAGGACACGAUUGGGAUCGGGCAACAGAUGGCAAUGGCGGGCAGAGUCGAGGAGAGUCCGACGCCGUGGGUGCCCAGGGGCUGAUGUGUAUUGUUACUGGUUGGAUCUGUGUUUUCGUGGAUGUU